AUGUCCGAUUCACACCCUCCCUCACGCUCGAACACUCCCACAAUCGUGCCCCCAAUGCGGCGCCCGAUUGAGGGAGACAAUGCGCCCGCCGUCUCGUCUCCCCUCAACCCCAACCCCGAUCCUGCGGCGCGUCCAAGACCAAAGGCGCCAGCACGCGAGCAGCGAGAGAAGCGCGAGACGAUCAAGAAGCGUGAGGCUUCAGCUUCGGCGCGUCAGGGUACUCCAAAUGCCAAUACUAGCACAAAGUCGAAGAAAGAGCGGUCGACAGCCGAUUCACCUAUGAGGUAUUCGAUUCCCGAGCCCAGGCCGUCCGACUAUGAAGCCCCCAAGGACAGCACCCUGCUCUCCCACGAGCCGAAUCCCAUGUAUGCGCCAGACGGAGUGACAGAGCUCAAAAAGCCGCAUGACAUUGCCUGGAACAAGAGGGGCUACAAGUACACGCACUGUGUCGCCGAUCCGCUUUUUCGUCACAAGCAGUACUACCGCCAGAGCGACUCCAGGCCGUACGGGCCGAGGAUGAGCCAUGAGGACUGUGACCGAUGGUUCCACUUCGAUAACAGUGCUACCAUUGUUUCCCAAGAAAAGGGCUGGCGCAUGGGCAGAGGCAAUGUAGUUGCAAGAGAAGGCAGAAUAUACUACGAGGUCAAGGUUCUGCGUGGCAUACCCGAGCAUGGCCCCAAAGAUCCCGUUGACCCAAACACCGGCGAGACCAAACCUGGCCCACAUGUACGCAUGGGUUGGGCACGGAGAGAGGCGCCUCUAGACGCACCUGUUGGUUUCGAUGGCUACAGCUAUGGCAUCACUGACGCACGCUUUGAAGCCCAACACCGAUCACGCGCCUCCAAGAUUUUUAAGCCGCUACCAAAGAAUGCCAAGAGCAAGCACAUGAAGGCCAGGCCACCCCACGGCAAGCCUAUGCCUGUCGAGUAUGUUGUAGAUCAGCAUGUUCAAGAAGGCGACGUCAUCGGCCUCGAGAUCCAACUACCCUCCAUAUCUAUGCACCGCAAAGUUGUUGAGGGCAUCUACAACCCGGCCGUAGAUCUAGGAGACGGAUUUGAUACCGUCAGCAAUCAAGAUCCAUUCGACCGGCCUAUCGACAUCAUCCGCGACCGUAUACCAGUUCCCUACAAAGGCAACUUUUACUUUGAGCAACUGGACUACCAGGUCACUAAGAUGGUUGAGGCCUAUCACGACCGCGGCCCCGUUCCUAAGAUACAUCCUUCGCCAAACCAUGAAGACGUCAGUGUGCGAUCGCUGCCACAUUCGCACAUCAAAGUCUACAAGAACGGGCAGGAAGUGGGCAUUGCAUUUGAAAAUCUUCUAGCCUUCCUUCCCCCAGCAAGUAUGCCAUCAGUCGAGGCAAUCAAGGCUGGUGCGCGUCCAGGCUUUGACGAUGGCAUGGUAGGCUACUUCCCAGCUAUCUCGCUGUUCAAUGGGGGUGUCGCUCAGGUCAACUUCGGACCAGACUUCUGGUGUCCACCCGAGGAGAUGGUCAAGCAGCGAGAGCAAGACACACAGAUGGAAAAUGGAGAGACAGUCGAGCAACGCGUCCCAGAGGGUCGCAGACUCCGUGCUAUUGGUGAACGAUACAAGGAGCAGAUUGCUGAAGACAUUGUUUGGGAUAUCAUAGACGAAGUCGAUUUCUUCACCCAAGACGGUGGAUGGGACUACAAGGGCGAGGCUCCUCAGGACGUGACCGGCAAGUCUACGCCUCGGGCACGUGGCUUUGCGAAUCCGGACGAAAACCUUGGUGUCGAGGUUGGCAAACGGUAUUAA